AAUGCAUUAAUAUCAAGAAGCUUUACUUAAAAAUACAUGUAUUCUUCUAUAUUUUAAUUAGUGAGAGGAGAGGACAUUAUAGUAAAUCUCUAAAUUUACAAUUCAACAGCUCAAUAAGAUAGAUAGCAAUUUCUUAAAGCAUUAUAAGAAUUGGCAAAUGAAAAAAAUACAAAAAUUGAUGAUUAAACUCGUAUUUUGCAAUUAAGAUUACCAGGUACAACAACAAUAGCUAAUAUUAAAUCAGAUUUGGAAAAAUAUAGCAAUUAAAAAAUUGUAAAUCUAAUAUUUAGACAAUCCUAGAUUUUGAUGUGUGAAUCAAUGGUCCCAAAUCCAUUAGAUGUCAUAGGAGAUAUUAAAUGUACUACUCAAAAACAAGAAGUUAAUUUAUAAUUGUGUUCUUAAGUAAUUGCAGGAUGA